GGAAGAGCAAACUGGGAAAGAUCAAUAACGACGCAGUUGACUGUGUCUCAGCUGCAAAAAUGUGGAAAUGGGUGUGUGCAUAGUUGUAUGUUCUGUGUCUUUUCGUCCCCCUGUGAUGGACUGGCAGCCUGACCAGGGUUUCUCACCCAUAGACCAUGGGAGAUAGGCACCAGCUCCCCACAAUCAGGAGAAGCAGCUACGAAAGCAUCACGGAUAGGGGCACCUCUUGGACCGUGGUCAGCCCUAUCACCUUUACUUACAAGGUCACCGAGACUUAUGGCUUACUGGACCCAAGCAACGACACUCUCUUGUUGGGCCACAUCACUGACCCACAGCAGUUGGAGGACAUUAAAACAUCAAAUAAACCCAUCAGGCGUUUUGUGGUCAUCGACCAAGAAGUCUUUCAAAUCUAUGGUGCCAAGCUCACCGAAUACCUAGAAGCUAAUGAUGUAGUCUACAAGAUCUUGGCUCUUCCAACCACUGAGGAGAACAAAUCCAUGGAAACAGCUCUAAAGAUCUUAGACGAUGUUAACAACUUCGCUCUCGACCGCCGAACAGAGCCCAUUAUUGCCAUUGGUGGUGGGGUUUGUCUAGACAUAGUAGGCUUGGCAGCUUCCCUGUACCGCAGGCGCACCCCUUAUAUUAGGGUCCCCACCACACUUCUGUCCUAUAUUGAUGCCAGUGUAGGGGCAAAGACUGGGGUAAACUUUGCCAACUGCAAGAAUAAGCUCGGGGCUUAUAUACCACCUGCUGCUGCCUUCCUUGACCUGUCAUUUAUACAAACUGUUCCACGAAGACACAUUUCCAACGGGCUUGCAGAGAUGUUAAAGAUGGCUUUGAUGAAGCAUCGGGGCCUCUUCGAGCUUCUUGAGGAACAUGGCUGUAUGUUGUUGGACACAAAAUUUCAGGUUGACAAUACUUUAUACGGGCACAGCAGCAUUAAGACUGCAUCACAGUCAACCCGUAUAGCUAUUACAACAAUGCUGGAAGAGCUAGCCCCAAACCUUUGGGAAGAUGACCUAAACAGACUUGUGGAUUUUGGCCAUCUUAUAAGUCCAGCAUUAGAGAUGAAAGUUCUUCCAUCUCUACUGCACGGUGAAGCAGUAAACAUUGACAUGUCUUAUAUGGUAUACGUGUCCCAUGAGAGUGGCCUACUAACAGAAAAAGAAAAGCAAAGGAUCAUAAGCUGCAUGGUUGGUCUGGAGCUACCUGUCUGGCAUGAAGAGUUUACCAUGGAGCUGAUUCAGAAAUCUCUGCAGGACAGGCUGAAGCAUUCUGGUGGUUUGGUCAGAAUGCCGCUACCUGCUGGUUUAGGGCAAGCAGACAUUUUUAACAACACCUCAUUUGACAUUCUGCACAGAGCCUACAUCAAGUGGAGUGAGGAGCUGAGUGUCUCUUCUGACAGCACCUGUGAUGUUUGAUUUUCAUAUCCCGAGUCUGCCUCUGUGCAUUUUUUAAAACAAACAUGUUUCUACUUAGAAAAGUAUAUCUAGUAUUAGGUAUUCUGGUGCUGCAUGGUUCACAUGGAUGGGGGACACUGUUGUCAGUACAGGCUGACCUGGAAAAUAUAUCCACUGUAUUUUCCUGGAACAACCAUAAAGGGCAAAGGUGGGGCAGCUUUAUUUCCAUAGAGUAUUUCCAUAGAGCGGUUUAAGCCGACAUCAGUCGGUCAGCAUUAUUGAUACCAUGUUUUCUCUUUGAAUAGUAAAUAAUACAGAUUUUGUUUCAUAGGUUAAAAAAAUAGUUUUAAAUGACUAUUGUUUAUUUUGUCAGUUCUUAUUGAACUUUUUUGUAAUCAUCAUUUAAGUGCAGUAAAAGCAAGAUGUAUUGCUUAUUCCUGAUGUCAAAUAUUCUCACAUACAAUAUGAAAUAAAUUUUUUUAAACAAU